AUGGAUACAUUGACUGCUCUGGCUGUGAUUAUGAAGCAGCCUGCUGAAGAGCUUAUGAAUCGACCACCUCGGGGAAGGAAUGGACCUCUAAUGACCAACAUCAUGCUGGGGAACAUAAUGGUUCAAGCUUUAUAUCAGAUAGCCAUCCUCCUAACCAUACAUUUGAAGGGAAAAUCAAUCUUCAAUGUCGAUCCGAAUGCAAACGGUACAUUUAUCCUCAAUACUUAUGUUCUCUGCCAGAUAUUCACCAUAUUCAAUGUUGAGAAGAAUGUAUUUCAGGAUAUAAGAAAGAAAAAACUGUUUUGGGGGAUCAUUGGGAUAAUCAUUAUUCUUCAAGUGCUGAUGGUGGAAGUUCUGGACAGGUUUGCAGACACUGCAAGGCUCGAUUGGGGUCGGUGGGGCACAAGUUUUGCACUUGCUGCUGUUGCUUGGCCAAUAAGUUGGAUUGUGACGUGCAUAUCUGAACUAGAAGCAGCCAUUUUUAGCAGUUCCAAUUGGCCAAAAUCCGAGUAUGGAGUCAAAUGA